UGCAUGGCGGCGGGGCGGACGAAAUGGAAGCUGCGUCUGAUCUGUCAGGAAACGCACUCUCACUUCCUUCUUCCCCUCGCCGGAUCUCCUCACUGGCGCGACCCCAAUGGCUGCGGUCGGCGGGGAAGUCGGUCGUUUCAUCCCAGCCGUGGCUCACACGGCCUGAAUCAGUGUUCUGUUGUGGAGAAAGCUCCCCCGCAAACGGCGUUCAAAGCACUCUGACGCACCGCGAACAGAAAAGAAUCAGCACCGGGCGGCGGCGACGGUAGUCGCUCAGGGGCACGAUGGAGUCUGGAGGCGUGACGGCGACCCUUACCGAGGCAUGGCGUUACCUGAUGUCCAAGAGGGACCCCAGGACCAAGGACAUGCUGUUUAUCGGUGACCUACGCUUCAUCGUCGCCGUGCUGGGGCUGUACUUGUACAUCGUGUACCACGCGGGACCACGGUUCAUGCACAACCGGCAGCCGUACAACCUCAAGCCGGCCAUCAUGGCCUACAACUUCUCGAUGGUGGUGCUCAACGUGUUCUUCAUGUUCAAGUUCUUCCAGCACUCCUUCUGGUAUGGCGGCUACAGCGUCUUCUGCCAAGGCAUGACACACUCUACCGACUAUCACUCUCUCAUGUUGCUUCACUACUCGUGGUGGUAUCUGUUCGUCAGGAUAGGCGAUUUCCUGGACACGAUCUUCUUUUUGCUGCGCAAGAAGUACUCCCACAUGUCCGCACUACAUGUCUCGCACCACGCCCUGGUCGUCUGGAGCGGCUGGCUCUGGCUCGCCUUCGGAGGUGACGGCCAAGUGUUGCUCGGCAUGUGCGUCAACGCUGGAAUGCACGUGAUUAUGUACACCUAUUACUUCCUGGCAUGCAUGGGACCGUCUGUGCAACAAUACCUCUGGUGGAAGAAGUACAUAACCACGAUGCAGAUCACGCAGUUCGUCGUGCUGCUCAUUCACAUCUGCAUCCCGCUCGUCUAUGACUGCGGAUACCCGCGCAUUAUGAUCGGCCUGGCCUUUGCGCAAGGCCUGUUGGGCUUGGUGCUCUUUAUAAACUUCUAUGUUCAUGAGUACAUCAAGAGGAAAGGACGCAAGAGUGCUGUGAAACAGGUAGACAGUGACGUCGGCCAGACUCAGGCAACAGGACGGUCUCCCGGAGACAGGCCGAAGAAAGCCUAAGUUGCAAGAGUCAUUACAGUGUGGACAUGUUUUGAAGACUAGCUUAGUGUCACUACCGCGUGAGUACGGCGUCGACGACGCCUUUGCACGCUUUGUUUUUUUGUUAAAGGCGAUGUUUUCUAUCCUACGCUGGUGGGAACGCAAGCAGUUAUUCUGAACAGCUUGUCUUUGAGCGGCAACUUAUCUUUGGAUAGUCUCGCGUGACGCUUUACUAGCAGGCAUGUGAGGUGCCCUAAACAUCUGUCGGAAUAUUUUUUUUCUCAGCAAUGUGCUUCAUUCUCAUUAGCCUCUCAGCGUUUUACAGCUUUCCUGUUGUGUGAAUGAGUAGAACUUCUACGUAAUGCUUUUGUUUUUACUAUUUUUUGUUGUUGCCAUAGCAGUGUGAUUUUGCACGGUCGGCCUACUAUUGUUUCACACCGCAAGUGACAAGCUACACCUGCAUCAUCUUGUUGGACUGUUUCAUUUACCGUUAUGUUACGUUUUUUUGCGAACAGUCUAUGAUUUGUUUUAAUAAAACGGGUCGAACCAUCUGA